AUGCUACCCGUCUUGCUUGUUCUUUUCGGGCAUUUCUCUGCUGGGGGCCUGGUCGGUCCUUCCAGGCCAGGCCAGGGCCGCUGCUCACCUCAGCUUAUCGCUCGCCUGCCACUGGUCUCCUGUGCCCCCCCGUCGAACAAAAAAGAAACAUGCUGCCCCCCCCACUGCAAAACAAACAUAUUCAAGCCGCUGUCAUUUCCACGCUUUUUUGCACCUCGCACUCGCACUUGCACUUGCACACCAUGCCUGCCCUGCCCUGCCCUGCACUGCACCGGAGCCUGCGUGCUGUCAGAGCGCGGUACGCUGCACGCCUGCGACCCAAACCAUGUCUGUAUUGAAUUUCAGUGGGACACGUUGCUCCUGCUCCUCCUCCUGCUCCUGCUCCUGCACGCCAAUGCCCACCCACCUGCAAGUCCAUCGACAGCGACGUUGUGUGCCUCGUUGCAACUCAGGUACCCGUCUCUCAACCAUGCGCAUUCCUUCGCACCCCGCUGUAAGGGCCUUCCCUGCUCCGGCCAGCGGGCCCCCCCUCCCCUCCCAAGACCACAACCGUCGCCCGCCGGCCCAAACGGCUGCGCAUGGCUGGCGCCUGCUUUUUCGUCUUGUGCGUGUGCCCCAUAUACUACUCUACUUACUGCAAAGACCUGUCGGCGCCCACCAAGCCUCCUCGCCUCUACACCUACUUGGAGGUCGCGUGAAACGUUCAAGGCGUGGCAGGCUGACGUUUCAGAUGCACAAUGUGGUAUUACCUGA